AUGGGUACUCGAUGCCUUCAUGUGGAACAAUUUUUGCGAAAAGAAAAACCUCACAAACAUUUGAUUUUGGUUCUCAACAAAGUUGAUUUGGUGCCAACCUGGGUUACGAAAAAAUGGUUGACACUGUUAUCGGCGGAAUUACCAACUGUUGCUUUCCAUGCAUCCAUGCAGCAUUCAUUUGGCAAAGGAACGCUAAUAAAUUUACUCAGGCAGUUCGCAAAACUUCACAAAGAACGCCGACAGGUAUUGGGCUGA